GUUGAUUGUCGUCAUUCUGCAGGCUGCGUUCGCGCAACGCGCUCGCGUGUUUACAUUCAAAUUAAGAACGAAUUGAUCGUGUUGUAGAUCGAUGUAAUUUGGACAUGUGGAAGACUUUUUAGGACAUUCUAGUGUUUGUUAAUAAUUGUUGUGUUCUAAUUUAUUUACUGGAGGCUGUUGCAGUGAACAUGUUACAAUACGUGGUACCCUUCAUAUUCGUGCUGUCAUCAGCUACUUCAUGGCAGGACGCGAGUCCAUAUCGGUAUACAUCACCAUUCAAGAAAGUUCACGCAGCAUCGGAGUCACAAAUCAAAUUUGCCAUUGAGAACAAAUACGACGACACAGGUCCGGGAGCUAAACAGCCAGAGUAUGCUUAUAGCACGUACAAGAACUUAGAAGAUGCAUUAAUAGCAUACUUAGAUGAUCCAGACACUAAGCUACCCCAGCACGAAAGAAACAAAGCAAUCCAUAAGCUAAUGCAAUCGCAAUUCUACACUGGAAAUGCUCCACUCACCAAAAGUGAAAAUUAUAAAUUACAAAAUUAUAUUAACAAAAACCAGUUCAAACCUUUGAAUCACGAUUUCAAUCUUUACAAGCCCCAUGCAAACAAGCUGUUCUUCUCAGACGAGGAUAAAACAAGGCCUACAGAUUUUGAGGUGCAGACUCUUAAAGCUGAGAAGAAGCCGGAGCCAUUCAAGUUUCAGAAGAUACACACGGUGAAGGGCAGUCCCCUGAGCCUGGCGCACUACACCAGGGAUCCUGACCUGAAGGUGGCGUACGACCAAUUUGACUCACACCCCAAGUACACGUAUUCGUAUGGAGUUCACGACAAGCAGACAGGUGACUCGAAGACAGUCCAGGAGAGUCGAGAUGGUGGCAUCGUGACAGGGUACUACAGCUUCAUCGACGCUGAUGGGAAAACACGCACCGUUCACUACACAGCGGACGACAAGCUAGGGUUCAGAGCAAAAGUGCAGAAAACUAAUUAGGUUACAACCCUAGACUAAUAAUGGCGAUGGUACUUUAUUUUAUACUGAAUUUUUUACUUGAACUUGGAAAGAAGAAAGUUGCGAAGUAUGACUUUAUGUGAACAAUGGAUCUGGUGGUUGUAAAUACUUUAAACGGUUAGAUUCAUAUAAUGAUCGGGCGAUCGAUAGAAAGAGUAACAACGUGUACCUUAUAGUAACAGAAGACGGCAUCUCUCGUCUUGUAGCAAACCACGUAUAAAUCCGAAUUUAUGUGGGUUUCAUUACUACCCUGACUUUUUUUGUUACCAAAAUAAGAAUGUUACGUCAUAUUUUAAGCAUAUUUUUGUUAAAGACUAUUAACAGAAGUUUGGAAGAAGAAAAUAAAGUGCCAUCGCUACCAACUACAGAACACCGAGGAUAGGCUGCGUAGUACUACUAUGUAUAUUUUGCUUUCCAAAAUGAGAACAAUCUUCUCUAUCGCCCUAGAAUGGAAGUGACAAGAACUGACAAUGUGACAUUUAUGACUUAAACUUCGGCGCGGUUUCACACGCUCUGCUCAGCUCCUAUUGGUCAUAGCGUGAUGUUUUAUUACCUAUAACCUUCCUCAAUAA